UGCCAAAGUAGAUGGACACCGAAUGUAUGCAGUUAACGGACAGCUGCUAACAGCUAACCGUUUGACUGCGUUGCGGAGGGCCGCCCGAAGUCGCAAUCCAGUAUCAAAUAUUGAUUUAAUAAAUAGUUUAUAGCACACUUGAUUCGUGUGAGGGUUAAAAUAACGAGAAUGCGACCCUCGGGAUGUCUUAUUUUCGGUGGAGACCCAAUUUAACCCUAGCUAAGAUUUAGUUAAAAGAAUUUUAAAAAACACCGGGAUAACCACCACAGGCGCUGACACUAGUUAUCGGGAAACCCUCCGAACAUGUCGGACUGGGUCUGCUGCAACGCCUGCUUUCUGCCGCCCUCAUCUGAGCGCAGAAUGGCCCUCACCACGUGCGGCCACGUCGUGUGCAGUGUUUGCUACCACAAAGGUAAACAAGGCAAGUGUUUGAUCUGCAAUGACAAAUGUAAAGUGUUGCCUCUCACUGACCAAAGUCGCCCAGAAGUGAAGGUGCUGUUCUCCAACAUCAACAUCGUGGCAAAAACACAUUUGUCAGAGAUCAGAAAAGUUGUAAUGUUCCAGGCCAAACAUAGUCAAAGAUUGCUGGCAUACUACCAGAAAAGAAAUGAGAAAGUGGAGGAGGGCUGGCUCAAGAUGAAGCAGGAAAUGCAGCAGAUGGCCAAGAAGCUGAAUGAACAGAGCGCUUACAUCGCUAAACUGGAAUAUUCACUUCAAAGUUUAAAGUCAUCAUCGAUGUCCCAGAUGAGCCACAGCUCCCAAAGCUUGCAUGGAAAACAAGUCCUGCAGUUCCCCUUCAGCUCUCCCAUGCCACUCUCCAGACAUUCCUCAGCCAGCAACAUUUUUGACAACGUGAAUUUUUUCCAAAAACGUUCAAGAGUCCCAAGGUUGUCACUGAAUAGUCCUCCACAUGACAGACACAUGGGCGCAAUUUCUCAAAGGAAGUCCAGCCAAAUGGCCAACCACUCUACAUAUUCGGCCAAAGUCAGACACUGCCCGAGAACGCCGAUGACGCCCAACGUGUCGUUUGGACACGCGUCCACUUGGAAUUCGCCCAUUUUCCAGUCUUCCAAGCCCUUCCAGGUGUACCCUCCCACCUAAAACCAGGUGCAUGCAUAUCCAACUGGGUGCUUAUGAUGACUUUUUCCACUUUCUCGAAGAAAGGGAAAGCACCUGCACCUGUUCUAUUCACGCAUAUAAACUGGGAUUACAUGAACAAUAAAUGCAGUUUACGGCUCCGACACAUCAAAGGAGGCCCCGCAACUCUG